CUUGGAUCAGUGUAAAGACACGGAAGCGGGGAGACCCUGCCUGGGUGAGAGACAGAGAACCCACGUGGAGCCCAUCGCCACCAAGUGCGGGGAGAAGAGAUUGAUGCUAUGCCUGUGGUGAUAGGCUUUGAGGGCAGUGCCAACAAGAUUGGAGUGGGGAUCGUGCGGGAUGGAGAGGUGCUGAGCAAUCCUCGGCGAACAUAUGUCACCCCUCCGGGGCAGGGUUUCUUGCCAAGUGACACUGCGUGCCACCACCGGGCUUGUGUCCUUGCCGUGCUGCAGGAGGCCCUGCAGGAGGCUGGGCUGAAGCCACAGGACAUUGAUGCUGUGGCUUUCACCAAGGGUCCAGGCAUGGGUGCCCCACUGGUGACUGUAGCAGUUGUGGCACGGACGGUGGCCCAGCUGUGGGGGAAGCCUUUGAUUGGGGUGAAUCACUGCGUGGGGCACAUUGAGAUGGGGAGGCUGAUAACUGGUGCCCAGAACCCAACCGUGUUGUACGUCAGCGGUGGAAACACACAGGUUAUUGCAUAUUCUGAGCACCGAUAUCGUAUAUUUGGAGAAACCAUCGACAUCGCCGUAGGGAACUGCCUGGACCGCUUUGCUCGGGUGUUGAAGAUCUCAAACGAUCCCAGCCCGGGCUACAACAUUGAACAGAUGGCCAAGAAGGGCCAAAAGCUGGUCGAACUCCCCUACACAGUGAAAGGCAUGGAUGUGUCAUUUUCUGGGAUCUUAUCCCAUAUAGAGGAAGUGGCUCAUAGGAUGCUAGCUGCAAAAGAAUGUACUCCGGAGGACCUUUGCUUCUCCCUACAGGAGACUCUGUUUGCUAUGCUGGUGGAGAUAACGGAACGGGCCAUGGCGCACACAGGCUCUUGUGAGGCGUUGAUCGUGGGUGGCGUUGGCUGUAACGAGCGGCUGCAAGACAUGAUGGGAGUCAUGUGCAAGGAAAGAGGAGCGAAACUCUUUGCUACGGAUGAAAGGUUCUGCAUUGACAACGGGGCCAUGAUUGCACAAGCUGGCUGGGAGAUGUUCCGAUCAGGGCAAAUCACUGCGCUUAAGGAUUCAUGGAUUACACAGAGGUAUCGUACGGACGAAGUGGAGGUGACUUGGCGUGACUGACCACCCCUUCUCUCUGCAUGGAUGCCAUGCCUCCUGAAGGCGAUAAACAGCCGGAUACAUAGACACUGUGGGCAGGAAUACCAGGGUUGCUGAAAUCUCCAUGGACAUUUGAUGGGAAACUAAUUCGAACCAGAAUAAACACUUUGGCUUUUGUUUAGAA